AUGACUGACUUCGGUCCUCGUGCCCCUCAUGGGCCUGAUAUGUCCGGCACCCACAACCCGCUGGAGGAUAUGGAUAUCAACGAGAAGGGCGCCUUCGAUCGUCUGAUCCGUCCCGAGGACAGCUACAGUCCGGAGGGUGUCUACUGGGCCGAUAUGCCAUUGGGCCAGAAGAUCAAGUUCGUCAGCUCCUACGAUGCUGGCGAGGCCAAGAAGGAACUCUCCGGCAUCUGGGAGAUGAUGAAGGAAGACCCUCUCGCACCCAUCUCCUACUAUUUCCGCAACAUGGUUCUUCCCGGCGCUGGUCUUGGCCUCGAGGGUUACGUGCUCUUCUCCAUCGGUAACAUCAAGCCGCUGUUCGAGAAGACCUUCGCGUCGUGCUGGAAGGAUCACGAGAUUUGCAACAAACAAUGGUUGAACGCCGUCGACUACCUCGAGAUUAUUGGUAUUAUCGUCGGCCAGAUUUUGGUCGGUGUCGUUGGUGACUGGAUUGGCCGUCGUUGGGGUCUGAUUCAGGAUGCUACGAUCAUGUUCAUCGGUUUACUGAUGCUCACUGCCGCAUGGGGUGUCACCCAGAAUGGCUGGGUUAUCUGCUAUGCUUGGUCGCUGUUCUUCUACAGUGUUGGUGUUGGUGGCGAAUACCCCAUGACCGCCACUAGUGGUAUGGAAAACGCCGUCGGCUCCGGAAAGAUCUCGACCAAGGAGGACCGCCUCCACCGUGGUCGCAAGGUCACCAGCGCUUUCUUGAUGCAGGGUUGGGGUCAAUUCUUCAACCAGGUCAUCCUGAUCAUUCUGCUGCUCUGCUUCCACCACGGUAGCGGAAACAACCCAUACUCGACCGUUUCGACCCAAUGGACCUACCGCAUCUCCUUCGCCAUUCCUGCUGUAGGCACUCUCUGGCUGGUCUACUAUCGUGCCUACCACAUGAAGGCGGCUAGUAAGCAGCUUACUGCCGCCAAGAAGAAGGCCUCUGUCACUGGUUAUGAUUUCGACUCCCUCAGCCUCACCUUCCGCUACUUCGGUCCCCGUCUACUGGCGACCGCUGGUGGCUGGUUUGCCAACGAUGUGUUCUUCUACGGAAACAAGCUUUUCCAGAGCGAAUUCAUUGCUGUUAUCAGCCCUGGUACUGACUCUGUGAUGCCUACGUGGCUGUGGAAUCUGGUGAACGUUGGUGUUUCACUGGUUGGCUACUACCUGGCUUCGUUCUUCAUCGACAACAAGCUGUACGGUCGCAAGUGGAUGCAGACCGUUGGCUUCAUCAUGAUCUUCAUCCUCUUCAUCGUCCCUGCCUUCCACUACGAGUACUACACUCGCCCCGAGAACAUCAAGGCUUUCCAGACUAUGUACUUCCUCUCCUCGUUCUUCAACCAGUUUGGCCCCAACUGUGUGUCCUUCCUGGUUGCUGCGGAGGUCUUCCCGACCCCCAUUCGUGCUACCGCUCACGGCUUGUCCGCUGCCGCUGGUAAGAGUGGUGCCCUCCUGGCCUCUGUGCUCUACAACUACAUCGACACUCAGACAAAAUUUUACGUGGUUCCCUGGUUCGGUCUUGCCGGUGUUGUAUUGACUCUGGCUUUCCUGCCCGAUACCACUGGUCUUGACCUAAAGGAACAAGAGCGUCGCUGGCAAUAUAUCCGCCAGGGUCGCGAGGAGGACUACCACGGUGCUGCCGUUCACCCCAAGCACCUGUCGUGGUACGAGCGCUUCGUUCUGCGCAAGUGCCGUUUCUACGACGCCGAGCUAGACUACCAGCAGAAGGUCGAAGAUUACCGCGCUGAGUGGGAGGCUGCCAUGACCCAGAAGUUGGCUGAGGAGGAGAAGGCCGAUGAGAUGGACACCGACGAUUCUCUGCUUGAGGGUCACGUCCACACCUACUUCCACCGCACCAGCCCUAUGUUCAAGGGUAUGGAGAAGCCUGCCAAGCACGACAACUUCGCCCUCCCCCCUGCCGCCGAGUCGGAUGAGACAUUUGCCGAGGAGCAAAAUCAGCACAACAUCUCCGGUGGCAGGAUAGAGACCUCCAAUGGUCACUCAUAUACCAGCGAACAGACAGAGCACUUUUCCAGCUCAAACGAGAAACCCCAAUAG